GCAGUCGACUCAAAACAUGACAGGUGUGAGAUGUGAUGUGUGUCCCGAGUCACGAAAAAGAUGAUAGAAAGAAAUCCUGAGUAAAUUUUGCCAGUUAAACAAUGGUAGCUAACAGGGCGCUCGAGGCGGCAAAAAGUGGUGACAUUGACAUCCUACAAUCUCUAACUGAGCCCGCGCGAGUGGCCGAUAAACACGGAGCAACAUGUUUACAUUAUGCCGCAAGGGGAGGGAGCGUCAAAACAAUUGAAUUCCUUGUCAAGAAAAAAGGAUUUAAUGCGAUCAAGAGAAGUAAUGUUGGAGCUACGGCCGCACACGAUGCUGCUGCCACGGGAAAUUUAGCAGCUUUAAAAUGGAUUCUUGAAAACACUGAGUGUAAAGUUGACGACCAGGAUGGCACUGGUGCAACUGUCCUCCACUUGGGUACCCGGUAUGGCCACGCCCAUAUUGUCACCUACCUGUUGGAUGAUACUAACUGUGAUAUUAUGAAGAAAACGGCAACUGGCGCCAUGCCUCUACAUUUUGCUGUUGUUGGUGGAACCUUGGAUAUUGUCAAGAUGCUUGCCAAAGAGGCCCCCAGAUCCGUGAACCUCCAGAUGAACAAUGGUGUCACAGCGGUAUAUCUCGCCUGCCAGUCUGGCCUGCUUGACAUACUAAAGUUUCUGGUUCUCACGGCGAAUGGCUCCCUCAAGAUCAACUCCUUUGAUGGCAUGGCUGUCAUCCAUGCUGCCGCUCAGAAAGGCCAUCUCAACUGUGUCCAGUGGCUUGUUGGAGAACAGAAGUGUAACCCAAAUGAGAGGGACUUUGAUGGUGUGUCACCUCUACACUUCGCUGCCACUCGGGGCCACCAUCAGGUGGUGGAAUGGCUGUUAAAACAUGGAGGCAGGGUGACGCUAGACAACCUGGGUGGGAGUCCACUGCACAACGCUGCUGAGAUGGGACACAAACAGUGUAUUCAGGUGCUGCUGGACGAUGGAUGUAACUGUAACAUCACAGACAACAAGGGACUGACUGCUGCGGAGCUAGCUGAGAAGUGCAACCAGCCUUACUGUGCUCGUCUCAUACGGGGAGAAGUCAAGCUACAGCCCCCGUCUGCCCAGCCACCUCUUGUCAUCCCCAGCACCAGUCGUGGGACUCCAGAAAGACGCCCUCAGCCCAGCGGUUUCCAAGGACACCAACUGAACAGACCUGCAUCAGUCGCCUCGUCUUGCUCCGACUACGGUUAUUACACGAGUCGAGAAGCUGCCCGCGGAGGCAAACAGAUCACUGUUUUUGCAGAGGUCCAUAAUAACAAGAAUCCAGACUACCGUCGACGUUUAUCUAAGGAAACCGGAGAGCCUGAAUGUGUCCUUCAGCCAGGUGAAAGGUCAUCUGCCCACAGGUCACCUUCACCCUCAUCACUGCGACCUCCUUCACCACCAGUGUCACCACCAUACAACGGUCGCAAUCGUGGAUCAGUGGUGAGCGAGUUGUCCUCAACAGCAUCCACCUUGAGUUCACUAUCAGCAUCAGCUUCAAGAGAGUUUGAGGAAUCCGAUGCCCAGGAUGGAAGAGUGAAAGUACCUUCACCUCAAAGAGUUCCGUUUUCAGCUGCAAGAGCUCGGUUUGAGAGUCGUCCACACUCAAAGUACGACACUACUCGUAGCUGUGACAGCUGUGAGGAGUCGGGGGAGACGAUUCCGACACACAACAUAUCGUCCUGGCGAUAUUCCGAAUUGUAUGCCAGGGGAAGGAAUGUUGUGAUUGAAGAAAAGGAGCCUAGUGGUAACAUGGCUUCACCAAGGGAAGCAUCUCAGAAUGGGGGGUCAAAGAAGACUGUGAUUCAGAUCAGAGGCAGUACUAUUCGUAUAGAUGAUGGGACAGGUUCACGUGAUAUUAAGACCCACUCGAAACAAAAUGGCAAUGUGACAGGCACUACACCUGUGAAGCCCAACCAGCCCAAGCUGAUAAUGACAAUGACCCCCUCUCCAGCCGACCAUUCUGCUACGUCGUCCGCGACCGCCACAGUUAAUGGAUCAGCUGCCAAUGGGCGGAUGACAAAUGGUGAUGUAUCUCCCAGAAACUCUGUAGGUCAGUCUGUUGUGAAACCUCAGUCUUCAUCAAGUGUGUCUGAGAACAAGACUGUCGGCGCAAGUAACGGAAUUACUAAUGGAACUACAUCAGCAACCACAACGUCUGUGACUAAUGGGACCUCCAUGGUUAAACACAGUGCCCCUGCAAGUGGUCGCCCAGUUGGCUUCAGUCCAUUAGGAAGCAUCAUGAUGUCAGCCCUGCCCCCGAAAGUGACGCCACAUGCAUCAGCUGUACCAGCAUCACAGAACUCACCCCUUCUCCACCCUACCCCUCCCCACCCCUCCCCACCUCCAGUGGAGGACCGCACGCCGUCGCCAAGCAACGCAAACAUAAAGCCAUCCAGCCUGUCCGGGGGCGCCUUCCAGAACCAGAAUGGCUUUGUAAGGCCUGCACCACGCAUUGCACCCGGCGACCUCAUAGCUGAGCUGCAGGCAGGGCCGGGGAAGUCAGGGCUGAAGACAUCCAAGGGUCCUAACCGGGGCGCCACCAUGGUGUUCUCCUUCGGCAACGGGAAUAUGGGAGGAGGUCAACCUCAACCUGCACAGCCCAAGCAGGCCCCAGUCAGCCGGUUAGAAGGGGAGUUUGACCCCAAGAACUUCCUUGACCAGGUGCCUGAGAAGGAUUCCACCGGGCAGCCAAUUCCUCAGUGGAAGAAACAGAUGCUAGCUAAGGGGAUCGCAGAGAAGGCUCAGAAGGAAGCUGAGGAACGGCGGAAGGUUGAAGCAGAAGAAGCAAGAUUCCGGAAUGUGCCGGCCUGGAAGCGAGCUCUCAUAGAGAAGAAGGAAACAAGCGGCAAAAAGAAUGAGAAACACCCAGCACCUGCAAAACUUGAGACUGUCAAUAAUACAGCACAUGUGGACGAAGAUGGUCGACCUUUAACGUCCUGGCAGACACAGCUUCGCAAGAAGAAAGGCAUCAAUUAGUUUAUUGUUAUUCAGUUAUUUGAAUUUUGGCUGAUUGUGUAGUUUAAGGUUGGUCAGAUUAAACUGACCAGCGAAGAAUCCAGAUCAUUCUAGCAUACCAUAGCUGGAUACUCGACAUAUCAUAGUCCAAGACUAGGAUCAUAACCUCACACUAGGCUCAAAGGACAUAGCCUGACACUUGGAUGAACAUCCAAGAGCAUCUGGAGGUUAAGUUCCUGUAUGAAGAUUCAUAUUGAACUGAGAUUUUGUUAUUGUUUUUUGUUAUCACAUGUACAUAUCCCAUGUCACCUUCAGCCGCUCCAUUGCUCGUGACAGGAAGCUGCUGCAAUGCUGAGUCUGUGGAACUUUUGGUUUAUACAUAUACAUGUGUUGUCGGCCCCUAAUAAUUUCUGGGGCCCUGUUAGUGUAUAUUUACACAGUCAUACAUAGAUGCACACACAUUAUACAGUGCAUUGACAAUAUUGAAUAUGCAAGUGAGGUGUG